AUGGUCGCCUUUUCCUCAUCCCGAGCAAUCGCUAGUUUCAUUUUCGGUGUUCUCCCCUCCAUUCUGCUUAUCCAAAUCGCCAGCCCCUCUCAAGCCGCCAAGGUCCCGCUCGCGGAUCUCAGCCAUGUUCUCGAGAAGGUCCGAAACUCAACGGGACUUCCUGGAAUGAGUUUUGCUGUUUUGUACAAGGGCAAGCUCAUCUUUGCGGAGGGUUUCGGUAAACGAAACGAUAGGGAUCCUUUCACCGUCGAGACUGUCCAGCCUAUGGGUUCCUUGACCAAGGCCUUCACUGCUGCCGCCAUUGGCGAAUUGGUCGCCGAAGGCAAGAUGGACUGGGAUACCACCCCAAUCGCCCAUUAUCUACCCGAAUUCGAGCUUGAAGAUCCUGUCCUUACGUCGCAGUUGACUAAUGUCGACCUGCUCUCCCAUCGCGCGGGAAUGCCAGAUAUCGAUUUCGGAUGGUACAGAACUAACACCACCCGCCGAGAACUCAUCAAGCGCCUCAAGUACGUCAAGCUGGACUCCAAGUUGCGCACAACGGUCCAAUACAGCAACGUGAUGUACGCUGUCGCCGGCGAGGCCGCUGCCAACGUCGCUGGCACCACAUACGAGAAAUUGGUGGAGGAAAAGAUUCUCAAGCCCCUCGGACUCGAAAACACUGGGUUCGGCCCUAUCGAGAUGGGCAAGCGGUUCAAGAAUUAUGCGAUUCCUUAUAAUGCUGCUUCAUACGAGGAUGCCCAGAUGGGCAGAUUCAUCACAGGCUACCUUGAUCCGAUCUACCUUUCCGAGGCCCCCGCAGGCAACAUUUACUCCAAUGUACUCGAUCUAGUUCGUUGGGGACGGGUCAUCAUGCAGUCAGGUCAGGUCGAUGGGAAACAAGUGCUGAACAAAACGAGCGUCGAUCAGUUGGUCAUUGGAUAUACAUUUGUGACAGGAUCGAAACGCACACCUGAAUUUGCGCCUGUUCAGGCUUAUGGGAUGGGCUGGAUGCCGGACAGUUACAAGGGCAAGAACUAUUUCUGGCAUGACGGAGGCGUCUCCGGGUACAGGUCAAACCUGAUGGUAUUCCCGGAUGAUGACCUGGUAAUCGCCCACGCAACGAACAUCAAAGUCGCCGAGCUCAUGGCCAACGUACCUUUCUACAUUGCCGACGAACUCUUUGGUCUGCCCAAAACUCAGGACUGGCUCGCGGUCUCCGCCAGGAACUCUCAGGCACAAUACGACGAAUUGAAAACAGCGCGCGACGGCGUUUUCCCCAAGCAGAUCAAAGGGACUUCCCCAUCCCGCGACCUGGAGGAGUAUGUCGGCUCAUAUGCAGACCCCGUCUACGGUGAGGGCUCUGUGCGCCUUGAGUCAGGAUCGUUAUAUUUCAAGUACAACGUGUUUGACAGCAAGAUGGAGCAUUACCAUUACGACUCGUUCAAGACCGAGUUGGCCGACUUUUACAUUCAGAUGACACCGUUGGCCACGUUCACCCUUGGCGAUGAUGGAAGGGUAGCCGGAUUUCAGAUGGAAGUGAUGGGCCUUUCGCUUCUUUUUACGAAGGUCGCGGCACCCAUGGCUUGA